CGCUCAUCCGGACUAACAGGGGGGAUUAAUUUGUACCUGCAUUUGAAUGUGUCCACUUCUGUUUUCCCCCUUUGUGUGUAACACCUGGAGAAGUUGGAAGUAGCUAAUUCGAGGAAGCGUUGGACCGAGCGGGAGCUCAGUCACUGAGCUGAAGAGGGAGACGACAGGAGCAUUUGGGAGAAGAGGAGGAAGAAGGAACCAUGGGUGUGCAAAAGGAAGACGUGGAAAAGUUCCUCAAGGAGAACCCUGCAUUUGCUAAACAGUACUUUGACAAGAAGAUGAGCCCUGCCUCCAUGUCAAAGGUGUCAGGACUCCCAGACAAGCAGAUCGACUUCAGCCAGUUCAAGGACCUCACUCAGCUCGAAGAAAGCCAAAUCAUGUAUGACCUGAUCAAAGACAUGCAGGAGAACAUCAACGUGGAAAAGGUGGUCUUCAAGAUCCUGAAGAGAAUCAGUGCGCUCAUCCACGCGGACCGCUGCAGCUUGUUCAUGUACCGUCAGCGGAACGGCGUCGGAGAGCUCGCCACGAGACUCUUCAAUGUCAACACGGAGGCAGAACUGAAUGACUGUGUCGUGCCACCGGACUCUGAGAUCGUCUAUCCGCUGGAUAUGGGAAUAGUCGGCCACGUGGCCCUCACCAAGAAGACCGUUAAUGUGAAAGAUGUCACAGAGAACCAGCAUUUCAGCUCAUUCGUCGACGACCUCACAGAAUACAAGACCCGGAACAUUCUGGCUACGCCCAUCCUCAACGGCAAAGACAUGGUGGCUGUGAUCAUGGCUCUGAACAAGACCACAGGACCACAUUUCACUGCCGAGGAUGAGGAUCUUUUUUUAAAGUAUCUGAAAAUUGCCACGUUGAACUUGAAGAUCUACCACCUGAGUUACCUCCACAGCUGUGAGACCCGCAAAGGACAGCUGCUGCUGUGGUCGGCCAACAAGGUAUUUGAAGAGCUGACAGACAUCGAGCGACAGUUUCACAAAGCCUUGUACACAGUCCGAGCCUACCUCAACUGUGAUCGCUACUCUGUCGGUUUACUAGACAUGACGAAGGAGAAGGAGUUCUUUGAUAUUUGGCCAGUGUUGAUGGGAGAGCAGGCACCUUACUCCGGCCCUGUCACUCCAGAUGGCAGGGAGAUAAUUUUCUACAAAGUGAUUGAUUAUAUACUGCACGGAAAAGAAGACAUCAAAGUAAUACCCAAUCCGACUCCGGACCAUUGGGCCUUGUGUAGUGGCCUGCCUACGUAUGUUGCUGAGAGCGGUUUUAUUUGUAACAUUAUGAAUACAGCUGCCGACGAGAUGUUCAAGUUUCAGACUGAGCCACUCGACAGCAGUGGUUGGACCAUUAAAAAUGUCCUCUCGCUGCCGAUUGUCAACAAAAAAGAGGAGAUCGUUGGCGUGGCCACUUUUUACAACAGAAAAGACGGAAAGCCUUUUGACGAUCAGGAUGAGCAGCUCAUGGAGGCUUUGACCCAGUUCCUGGGCUGGUCUGUUUUGAACACGGACACUUACGACAAGAUGAACAAGCUGGAGAAUCGGAAAGACAUUGCUCAAGACAUGGUGCUCUACCAUAUCAAAUGUCGGGAUGAUGAGAUCCAGGAUGUCCUGAACACCAGAGAGGUCUAUGGCCGUGAACCCAGAGAUUGUGAAGAGGAGGAGCUCCUAGAUAUCCUGAAAAAGGAACUACCUCCACUUAUUAAGAAGUUUGAGAUCUACGAGUUCCACUUUUCGGAUUUUAACUGCACAGAGAUGGAACUGGUUAAGUGCGCGGUCCAGAUGUACUACGAGGUCGGGGUGGUCAAGAAGUUCCAGGUCCCUCAAGAGGCGCUGGUUCGGUUCAUCUACUCUCUCAGUAAAGGCUACAGAAAAAUCACCUACCACAACUGGCGUCAUGGCUUCAACGUGGGACAGACCAUGUUUACGCUCUUAACGACGGGAAUGCUGAAGCGGUACUACACUGACUUGGAGGUAAUGGCCAUGAUAACUGCAGGCUUCCUCCAUGAUCUGGAUCACAGAGGGACCAACAAUUUGUACCAAGUCAAAUCUGGCAACCCUCUGGCCAAGCUGCACGGCUCCUCCAUCUUGGAACGACACCAUCUAGAGAUGGGGAAGUUCCUCUUGGCUGACGAGUCACUGAAUAUCUACCAGAACCUUCACAGGCGACAGAUAGACCACGUAAUUCAUCUAACCGACAUCGCCAUCAUCGCCACUGACCUGGCUCUUUAUUUCAAGAAAAGAACCAUGUUCCAGAAGAUCGUAGACCUUUCACACACAUAUGAGGAUGAAAAGAAGUGGGUCGAAUUCAUGUCUCUAGAAACAACCAGAAAAGAAAUCGUCAUGGCUAUGAUGAUGACCGCAUGUGACUUGUCAGCCAUCGCCAAGCCUUGGGAGGUACAGAGCAAGGUUGCCUUGUCUGUAGCAGCAGAGUUUUGGGAGCAGGGUGACCUGGAGAGGACGGUACUGGAGCAGCAACCUAUUCCCAUGAUGGACAGGAACAAGUCAGCAGAACUACCAAAGCUACAGUGUGGUUUUAUUGACUUUGUCUGCACGUUUGUCUAUAAGGAGUUUUCGCGCUUCCACCCACAAGUCCAGCCCAUGUUUGAUGGCAUCCUGAAUAACAGGAGGGAGUGGAAUGCUAAAAAAGAAGAGUAUGAGGCUAAACUCAAAGUCAUAGAGGAUGCUAAAGACGCUGCCACAGCCAGUAAAGCUCCUGCAAACAGUGGUGGAGGCUCAAAGACCUGCUCUGUGUGCUAAAAGGUCUAAAAGCCGGAGUGCACACAGACGGCUCAUGACGGACUGACUCCAGAAUUACCUGAGCAUCACAGCCAGCCAGACAGUCAGUCUCACCGCCAUGAAAGAAAUGCAAUAAAGUCAUGAAGACGGAUACGAGAGUGAAUGGACAGUGCUGUAGUAUUCCUUCAGAUAAACUGGUUCCGAUCAGAAAAGGAAAAACCUGAACCAGGAGAGACGUUUUGUCUUUAAGGGACACUAACCAGGUGAGCCAAACAUGUAAUUCAGAACAAAGCAGGACACCAGAACAUGACUACUCUAGUCAUGACGACUUCUAAUUAAGGUUUUUACUCAUCCUCAUACAAUAUCAGCUUCCUUGUUUUCAGAUGGUGCAAAGAUGCUGUGUGUGUGCUUGUUUGUUUGCUGUGGGACAACAUUUUAUAUUUAUUUUUACGAUUUCUUUAAUUUAGCUAUUAAGCACAGCAAAAAUGAGAGGAUGAAAUGUGUACAUACAUCUGUGUAGUAACUGAUACCCAUGUACAGCACGUAAUAUAUGUCAGAGCGAACACAUUAUCCAAGUAAUUCUUCGCUGCAAAGCCCGAGUCACUGUCGAGUCUAUAUCACGUUUUCAAACAUACUGUAUAUUGUACAUUGAUGUAAGAUUCAUUUAGGGGUUCAGAAUGUAAAUUCUGUUAAUGGGUGGAUAGAAAUAUAUUUUAAUUACUAUACAUAUAUUUCAAAAAUGAUAAUUCCAUGUUUACUCCUUCCAGUCACUAAUCAUUUACACAUGAGUUUGUUUACCGUGACUGCAGAGAGCCAAAGGUAGAUGACAAGCUCGAGACCGCUGCAGUAAAAGAUGUAUAUUUACUUUAGGAGAGAGAUGCGGAAUAUAAAUGUUGCUUUACUGUCUGCAAACAAGCCUUUAGUUGCUUAAUCGUGAUGCCUUCAUACUGUACAUACAUCUGAGAGAGUAGCUGAGAAUGUUAUAUUUUAUGAAGAUACAAAUGUCUUUUUAGAUAAGAGCACAUUAAAUCUAAAAUGAGUUGGUUCCAGAUCAGAUUAACUUUGCUAUGACCUGAAUGACUGGACCUCAAUGGCUAUUCUAACUUUCAAGCCAUUUCUCGCCAACUGCUGCAAAACGUUACCACUUAUUAACCCCUGAUGGGAAAUUCAUCUUCUGCACUGGUCCCAUCCUAAAUAGGACUGUUGUGAGGUAACCUUGCAAACCUUUUAUCCCAUCAUGCAUCUUCAAAACCAAUUUCUGCAGACUUCUAGAGCUGAUUGAGACAAAAGAACAACUUCUUGUAAUGACUUGUACAUACUUCAUUCCUCUCUGUAAAUACAUUUAAAAAACAUAUUUUCCAGUUGAAAUAGAGAUGCUUAUUUUUAAAUAGUGAAAGUGUGUGAUUUAUAAGCGCUGGCAAAUGACUCAAUCAUUUCUCAUUCCCUUAAGUGAUUGAAAUAUGGUUUUAUCAUGCUUGCCUCAAUUUACUGAUGUACAGGAAUCACAUACAGAUGUUUAUGUAUCAGAGAUCACCAUACUGUAUUAGGCAAUAAAUGUACCUUAAUAUGCAGCAAACAUGCCCCUUAACAUAUUUAAGAAGACUUUACUUUAUGUUCAGUAUUUUAAAGCUUGCCACUUCAAAUGCUCCAUGUGAACUAUGAUGACCCA